CCAGCUCUAGAGACCAUAAGAGACAGCGAGAGUGCCAAAGACAAAGCCAGAGACAAAGCCAGAGACAAGGCCAGAGACACAGACGGAGCCAGAUUCGAGGCCUUUUCCAGCUACUGUUUCGUCAUCGAACACAAACCUGAUCUCGAUCUCGAUCUCGAUCUUGAGCGCCAGCUCGGAAGCGUGUCGGUUUUUACCCCUUACCAAAUAUGAGCAUAGCCUAGCUUAGCCUAGCGCGCACGUAAUUCAAGCAGCCGUGACUUAAAGUCGACAACACACACCUGUACACACCUGUACACACACCUGAACACACACCUGUGCACACCUGUGCACAAUGGAACGCUCGCACAGCUGCAGCAACUUUGAGGGCCCCGCUUUGGGGUCGGAGGCGUCGCCUGCGUCGGCCGUCCACAAGCCGCACGCGGGCAGCAGCGACAACCUGCCGCAGAGCAUCGCCGCCAGCUCCAUGGCGCACUUUCCGCCCAACAAGCCGCUGCGCAAGCGCCGCAAGCUGCAGCGCCAGCAGUCGGUCAUCGUGGACGACACGGAAUGCGAGUGCGCCUAUGCGGCAGAUCUGGAGGAGGACGCCGAACCGGAUGCAGCCGAGCCGCCGCAGAUCAUGCCACGGCUGCCCGGCUGCAAACACUUUGAGCCACAUGUGCGGCACGUCUCGUGCAGCAGCGGCAGCAGCAGCGGCAGCAGCAGCGGCAGCAGCAGCUCGCAGAAUGGACGCACCGGGCGCUGCCUGCGGCACGAGGAGUCCUUCGACUCGUGCAGCACGGCGCCGGAGCUCAGUCCGCAGGCGGUGCGCCAGCAUCGCUUCAGCAGUUUGUUGCUGCGGGACAGCUCCGUCUCGAUGCAGUCGGACUCGAGCCGGUAUUCGAGCGUGGACAGUUUGCUGGAGUCGCGCAAACCGGAUCCGGAGGCGAUACUCAUCAAUCUGGGCUUCGGGCCCGUCGGCACCGAGGACAUGCUGUCGCGCAUACCGAAGCGCUUCCUCAAGCCCUCCAAGGUGCCGGGCAUCGAUACGGAGGCCUUCGUCAAGCGUUUGCAAUUGGCCAGCUCCCUGGCCGAUUCGAGCGCGCUCGGCUAUCGCGGUCUGACCUCCAGCUCCGAUCAGCCGCCCUCGUCGAUUGUCGCCAAGAUCAUGGAACGCUUCGAGGUCAACAAUCAGCGCAAACAGUCCAUGGGUCACAUUGAGCACACGAUACGCUGAUCGGAAAACAAAAAAAUAAAGCUGGAGUAUUCCCAUUCCCAUUCCCAAUCGAAUUCCCAUUCCCAAUCGAAUUACUAUUCCCAUUCCCAUCUAGUUAGUAUAUAUCUAAAAUUGUGAACCCUAACUUAAGUUAAUUUGUUAGACAGCCCCGCGAGCGGGUAUUUACACAUUUGUGGGGCUUUUUAUUUUGUAUUGUCAUGUGAUGUUUAUCUUGUCCAUUAGCUUUUAGUUAAUGCCGCGUACUUAGCUUUGUCUAUUGUUGUGCCUACCGAUUCUGGUUUUAUUUUUAGCAUUUUAAGCUCUUGAUUAUAAGCAUUAAAAACACAAUUGCAUUUUAAAAUGUAAAUUUA